UAUAAAGAAGAAUAAGUUGUUACUGAAUAUGCAAGUUAAUGGGAAUGGAUGUGAGGACUCGCUCUCCCGUUACCCCGUCAUGUCUGCACGCACCCCGGGAGUCACCCCCUCUGCCACCACAGCCUCUUACACCCUGCCCGGCACCCCCACCCUGAUGGAGGAGCACAGCAGCCAUAAAAAUAACGUAGCAGGGCAUCGCAACUCCCCACAAGCAGUGAGGAGGGACAUUGGCCUCUCAGUCACACACAGGUUUUCAACAAAGUCCUGGCUGUCCCAAACAUGUCAGGUGUGCCAGAAGAACAUGAUGUUUGGGGUGAAGUGCAAACACUGUCGGUUAAAGUGCCACAACAAAUGCACCAAGGAAGCCCCUUCCUGCAGAAUCUCCUUUCUACCAAUCGCCAAAAUUCGGAGGACCGAGUCGGUUCCGUCUGAUAUAAACAACCCUGUGGACCGGCCGCCAGAGGCACCACAGUUUGGCACUUUACCAAAGGCCAUCACGAAAAAGGACCAUCCUCCGGUGCUGAACCAGCUGGACUCCAGCAGCAACCCGUCCUCCACCACCUCCUCCACCCCCUCCUCCCCAGCGCCCUUCCAGCAGAGCAACCCCCCAAGCGCCACUCCUCCACCCAACCCCUCGCCCAAGAACCACCGGGACAGCCGCUUCAACUUCCCAGCUGCCUGUUACUUUCAGCACAGACAGCAGUUUAUCUUCCCCGAUGUCUCCAGUCCUGCUCAUUUGCACCCUGAUGUCCUACGAGACACUGUCAGUGAGAUAGAGCCAGCAGCGGACGACAUACGAUCUGAGCUGGUAGAAGAUGCGGAUGAAGAGGAAGGAGAAGAGGAAAUUGAAGUCGAAGAUGAAGACCCUGAAGAGGAAGAGGAUAACGAGGAAGAAGAGGAUGAGAAUGAAGGGGAGGACGAUGAAGAAGACAUCAGGAUGAACAUGGGAUCGGACGGAGAGUGUGACGAGCUGGACGACCUGCCCAGCUCCCGGGGGAACCAAUGGAAGAGCCCAAUAGGCCGCAAGGCCAGCCAGACCAGCGUCUACCUGCAGGAGUGGGACAUCCCCUUCGAACAGCUGGACCUCGGGGAACUCAUAGGAAAGGGCCGCUGGGGCAAAGUGCACAAAGGGCGGUGGCACGGAGAGGUGGCCAUCCGGUUGCUGGAGAUCGACGGGAACAACCAGGACCAUCUGAAGCUCUUCAAGAAGGAGGUGAUGAACUACAGACAGACCCGGCACGAGAAUGUGGUCCUCUUCAUGGGGGCCUGCAUGGCCCCCCCCCACCUGGCCAUCAUCACGAGUUUCUGCAAAGGGAGAACACUGUAUUCAGUUGUUCGAGACACUAAAAACACUUUGGAUAUUAAUAAGACCAGACAAAUUGCUCAGGAGAUUGUAAAGGGAAUGGGCUAUCUGCACGCUAAAGGCAUUGUUCACAAAGACUUGAAGUCGAAGAACGUUUUUCAUGACACCAAUAAAGUCAUAAUCACUGACUUCGGGCUGUUUGGGAUCUCUGGAGUGGUUCAGGAGGGGAGGCGUGAGAACAAACUCAAACUUCCACAUGGCUGGAUUUGUUACCUCGCCCCGGAGAUUGUGCGCAGGAUGAGCCCGGGUAACAACGAGGACCAACUUCCUUUUUCCACCUCGGCAGAUGUGUACGCCUUUGGCACCAUUUGGUACGAGCUUCAAGCAAGGGACUGGCCAAUCACCAACCAGCAUGUGGAAGCUACCAUCUGGCAGGUGGGCAGCGGAGAGGGCAUUAAGAAGGUCCUGGCGGAAAUUAGCCUCGGCAAGGAGGUCUCUGAGAUCCUGUCUGCCUGCUGGGCGUACGACCUGAGGGACCGCCCCCCCUUCACCCAGCUGGCCGACAUGCUGGAGAAGCUGCCCAAACUCAACCGCCGGCUCUCACACCCCGGACACUUCUGGAAGUCUGCAGAGUACGUAUCCAACAAUUAAGGACGAUGAGAAGAGACUAGAAAAUAUAUCUCACAUAUUCGUAUAUCUUCUGUUUGCUUGUGGUACAUUGGCUCCUCAGUGAUGAGCCUUAGGGUUAACGGUUAGGGUUACACAGUCUUAUUCUGUAAAUAACAUCUGUUACAUAGGUUUGAAAUCAUGUAUAAUUCCUUUUUAACCUCGCUCUCUAAUGGAAUGUGAACAUUGUGGUUUAAAUAUGUCAAUGUGAAUUGUAAAGUUUGAUUUAUUUACUGUCACACACUGUGGGACUCCUGAUUGUCACUUGAGGGAAAAGUGUUGCAUUAUUAUUUCUCACAUGUUGAGAUCAUAUAUGUGUGUGUUAAUCCUAUAAUUUGCUGCACCAGCUAUUUCACUUUAAUGUACGCAUUCAAUUACAACUUUACAUCAUGUUUCCCACUGGUUUUCCACUUCUUAUUUAUGAUUUGCUUUCUCACAAACCGCUAAUCAUUUUCUACUUCGAGUCUACCAUUUUAAAAACAUUUUUAAAA